CGACAUUUUGAUCGCGGAAAGUGCUAUCUGAGAGAGCUCCCUUUUUCGAAAAUCUCAUUCACCUGCUGUUCUCUUCUGCAAACAUAUCGUCAAAACCUCAAAAAUCACUACAACAACAUCGUUAAUUGCUCAUCUAUCCAUUGCGAUCCCAGCUCCACGUCGAUCCCCCAAUUCGCUUUCGCAGGGGCUGGACUCAAGAACUCGAUAACCCCGCACACCAACUUCGCGACCAAGACCACCAACCCGCUUUCUGCAGCUCUCUAGUGCCAGCGAGCUCCCUGGUGUUCAUUCAAUGAAUCCUUCUGCCUCCUCUUCUUCUGACUCUCAACCCUUUUCUUCCUCCUUUUCUUUUACUCAAUCUUCUGCCUCGUCCAACAUGUCUGCCCCGAGAGAACGCCGUCCCUCCACAAGUGCUCCCAUCUCUGAGCUCCAAGGUCCGGUAGGACCGGGCUUCUCGAGACCCAAGCACAAGCGUACCUUCACCGGUUUUGGCGCUGGUGAAAUCAAGAGUGUUGAGGCUUCCAUUCCUGAGCCCCAACGCGAAGCUUGGAAGAAGUACGCCGCCCAUGGCUUCAAGACCAAGGAGGACUUCGAGAAGGAAGUCGUUCGUCAUGUCGAAACUACACUCGCACGCAGCAUGUUCAACUGCGACGAGGGCGCUGCAUAUUCCGCUGCCAGUCUUGCGUUCAGAGACCGUCUCAUUACGGAGUGGAAUCGUACACAACAACGACAGACUUUCUCUGAUGGGAAGCGUGUCUAUUACUUGAGUUUGGAGUUCUUGAUGGGUAGAGCUUUGGACAAUGCUAUGUUGAAUGUGGGCAUGAAGGAUGUUGCUCGAGGUGGUCUCGCUGACCUUGGAUUCCGCAUUGAAGAUAUCAUUGAUCAAGAGCACGAUGCUGCGCUUGGUAACGGUGGUCUUGGUCGGUUGGCAGCAUGUUUCUUGGAUUCACUUGCAAGUCUUAAUUACCCAGCUUGGGGUUACGGAUUGAGAUACCGCUAUGGUAUCUUCAAGCAAGAGAUUGUUGAUGGAUACCAAGUUGAGGUGCCAGACUAUUGGCUUGACUUCAAUCCUUGGGAAUUCCCAAGACAUGAUGUUACCGUGGAUAUCCAAUUCUAUGGCAAUGUCCGAAAAUACCAAGAUUCACAAGGAAAGCAGCAAGUCUCUUGGGAGGGAGGUGAGAUUGUCAAGGCAGUUGCUUUCGAUGUCCCCAUUCCUGGCUUCGAUACCCCAGCUACCAACAACUUGCGCCUGUGGUCCAGCAAGGCUGCUAGUGGAGAGUUCGAUUUCCAAAAAUUUAACAGCGGCGACUACGAGAGUUCGGUAGCUGAUCAACAACGUGCUGAGACUAUCAGCGCUGUUCUGUACCCCAACGACAAUCUUGAUCGUGGAAAGGAGCUUCGUCUUAAGCAACAGUACUUCUGGGUUGCUGCAUCGUUGUAUGACAUUGUCCGUCGAUUCAAAAAGUCUAAGCGUGCUUGGAGCGAGUUUCCUGAUCAAGUUGCUAUUCAAUUGAAUGAUACCCAUCCAACGCUUGCCGUUGUUGAGCUUCAGCGCAUUCUCCUUGAUCUGGAGGGUCUUGAGUGGGAUGAGGCGUGGUCAAUUGUGUCUCAGACAUUCGGCUACACCAAUCACACAGUCCUUCCUGAGGCCCUUGAGAAGUGGUCUGUACCGCUUUUCCAGAACCUCCUUCCAAGACACUUGCAAAUCAUCUACGAGAUCAACCUCUACUUCCUCCAAACCGUUGAACGCAAGUUCCCCAAGGAGCGAGACCUGCUAGCACGCGUCUCUAUUAUCGAGGAAUCUCAGCCCAAGAUGGUUCGCAUGGCCUACUUGGCUAUUGUUGGUUCUCACAAGGUCAAUGGUGUUGCCGAACUUCACUCCGAUCUCAUCAAGACCACCAUUUUCAAGGACUUUGUCAAGAUCUUCGGCCCCGACAAAUUCACUAACGUCACUAACGGUAUCACUCCAAGACGUUGGUUGCACCAAGCCAACCCCAGACUUUCUGAGCUUAUUGCUAGUAAGACUGGCGGUAUUGGAUUCUUGAAGGACCUCAACCUUCUCAACGAACUUGAGAAGUAUGUUGAUGAUAAGGAAUUCAAGAAAGAAUGGGCUGAGAUCAAGUAUGCCAAUAAGGUCCGCCUGGCCAAGCACAUCAAGACCACAACUGAUGUCACUGUCAAUCCAUCUGCUCUUUUCGAUAUUCAGGUCAAGCGUAUACAUGAGUACAAGAGACAGCAGAUGAACAUCUUUGGUGUCAUCCAUAGAUACCUCACUAUCAAGAAUAUGACUCCUGAAGAGCGAAAGAAGCUUGCACCAAGAGUCUCGAUCUUCGGUGGUAAGGCCGCUCCAGGAUACUGGAUGGCCAAGACCAUCAUUCAUCUCAUCAACAAUGUUGGUGCUGUGGUCAACAAAGACCCAGAUGUUGGCGACCUCCUCAAAGUUAUCUUCUUGGAGGAUUAUAAUGUCUCCAAGGCCGAAAUCAUCAUUCCUGCUAGUGAUAUCAGCGAGCAUAUCUCAACUGCUGGUACCGAGGCUUCUGGCACAUCCAACAUGAAGUUCGUUCUUAACGGUGGUUUGAUCAUUGGUACUUGUGAUGGUGCUAAUAUUGAGAUCACUCGUGAAAUUGGCGAGGACAACAUCUUCCUCUUCGGAAACCUUGCAGAGGAUGUUGAAGAUCUCCGCCAUUCCCACACCUAUGGUAGCCACACUAUCGACUCAGACCUCGCCAAGGUAUUUGAGGAAAUCAAGAAGGGUACUUUCGGUGAUGCUGGUGCUUUCAGCGCUUUGGUCGGUGCCAUUGAAGAUCAUGGCGACUACUACCUGGUCUCUGAUGACUUUAAUACCUACCUCCACACUCAGGCAUUGGUUGACGAGGCAUACAAGAACCAAGAUGAGUGGAUCAGCAAGUGCAUCACCAGCGUUGCGAGAAUGGGCUUCUUCAGCAGUGAUCGUUGCAUCAAUGAGUACGCGGAGAGUAUCUGGAAUGUGGAACCUUUGGCACCAGAGAACGGUGAUACUAGUGGCUUGCAGAAGGGAGAGUUGUGAGUGCGAGAAUGCAAUGAGGUACGGAAAAGCGAGUCUUUGGCUUGCGGGUAAGGUUGUUUGAGGAAAGACUAGAUAGCCAGACUUUUUUGGGUUAUGAUUCGAUGCGAUUAUGACGCGAUGGGCUUCAUGAGUAUACCUAUUGAAACACUUUUUUCGUUACUGUGCUG